AUGGCUGAUCAGAGUAAACUGCAGUUUCAAGAUGCGGUCGGGGAACAACAUCAGUCAGAUACUUUCGAAAUAGAUGAAGUUGAUAUACCUAACGUAGAAGACGAAGAAAUAUACCUUGAACAUUGUCGAAUCAAAUGUAUCAGUAAACUAAGCCGGUUUCCAAAUAUACGCUCAUUAUGUCUUCGAAACAACUUACUGAAAAAGUUGGAAAACUUCGAGCCUAUUUCUCAAACACUUGAAGACCUGGACGUUUAUGAUAAUCAAAUCACUAAGAUCGAAAAUUUAGAGUGCCUCACAAAGCUGACUAAUCUUGAUUUGAGCUUUAAUCGGAUAAAACGUAUCGAAAACUUGGAGAAUCUAAAGAAUCUGAGCAAUUUGCAAGACCUAGAACUAUUGGAACUUGGUUCAAACAAAAUAGGGAAGCUAGAAAACUUGGAUGAAUUAAAAAAACUGACUGAACUUUAUUGUGGUAAAAACAAAAUACCAACAAUGGAAAACUUGGAUAACUUGACUAAUCUAACCAUUCUUAGCAUUCAGGGUAACAGACUGACCAAAAUAGAUGGAUUAACUAAUCUUGUUAAUCUGGAGCAACUGUAUCUGAGCGAGAAUGGGAUAACAGAAAUUGAAGGCCUUGAAACAUUAUCAAAGUUACAAAUCUUAGACUUGGCGUACAACUUCAUAUCACAGAUUCAAAACAUGUCGAAUUUGGAAAAUCUAGAAGAAUUUUGGUGCAAUGACAAUAAGAUAUCUGACUGGGAGCAGCUAGAAAAGUUAAGGGUAUUAAAAAAGCUGCGAACUUUGUAUAUGGAGCGCAAUCCAAUCUAUUUUCUAAGCACAGACCGUACAAAACAUGAUUCUAAUUACCGACGAAAAAUACUAUUAGCUCUACCGAAUCUUCAGCAACUGGAUGCGAAUCUUACGGGGGUUGGGAUCUGAUAACAUUUUUACUGUAAUUAAUUUUCCAAAUUUUUCCUGCGGCUUCAGAUCUAUUGUUUUUCAGCUUUUCAGAAAAUUGAUUGAAUUCAAUGUACUUUUUAUAGAUGUAUCUGUGUUAUAUAUUGAAAUCUUAAAAUGCACAACUUACGCAAC